GUAAUUCAUUUUCUCAGUAGAGGGCAUUGUAAGCAAUUGUAUAUGAAGCAUAUACAAGUAUAAUAUAGAAUUUCAAAGAUUUAUCGUUUAUUUAAAAGUAUAUAAUUAUAAUUGCUGUUACUUGUGUUCUAAUAAAAUAAUUUUUAUAAUAAAUAUGACAUCAGCAAUAGAAUCUAUGGUUGUAGAUGAAAAGCAAUUACCAGAAAAGCCGAUAGAUAGAGAAAAAACAUGUCCCCUUUUAUUGAGAGUAUUUUGCAAUACAGGCAGACAUCAUAAUAUAAUGGAAUACAGUAGAGGAAAUGUUCCUUCAAAUGAAUUACAAAUAUAUACAUGGAUGGAUGCAACUUUAAGAGAAAUUACAGGAUUAGUUAAAGAAGUAAAUCCAGAUGCUAGAAGUAAAGGAACAUAUUUUGAUUUUUCAUUAGUAACACCAGAAUUACGAAAUUCUGGAUAUCGUAUGCGAGAAAUUGGUGUGACUUGCUCAGGACAAAAAGGUGCAGAUGAUAAUAAAACACUUGCCCAAGCAAGGUUUACAAUUGGUGAUUAUUUAGAUAUAUCAAUAACACCACCAAAUCGACAACCAGCAAUUAGACGUGGUGCAUUACGUCAAUAUUGAUUUAAGUAAUAAAUAUUUUUAUUUUUUGUAAGUUAUAUUAAUUUCUUAGUUUUCUAUUAAUAAAGAAUAUGUAAUACUAUAAA